AUGCUUGAGUAAGAAGACUUUAAUUUGAUCUGCAUCACUUCAGAUUUACACUAGAUAUUGCUCAAGAAGAUCUUUGGAAAAUCAACAGAUGCUUUCUCUGUUAUAUUUUAUUGUCUUAUCUAUUCGCCAUGUACUUGCUUGCAGUCCUAUUUGUCAUCAUAAAUGAUUAUCGAUUGGAUGCAAAGGCAACUUUUUGCAAAGAUUUUUGUUCCAGUGUAAGCCUUCAGAGAAUUUUUUCAUAAAGGAAUUAAGCCAAAAUUUUAGCCGAACCAAGAUCUUAUUCAAGCGAUAAGACCUGUAGUUCGACAACUUCGAACUUAUGGAGCAUCAAAGUCAGCAAUAAUCAGCCAUCUCAGCAAGUACAAACUCAUGGACACCGAGCUCGAGGAAGUCUUUGAGGAACCGAUUAGCCGUAGAAUCGAUCAUCUCCUAGUCUACUACUCAAAGAAACUAAAUACUUCUCAAUUAUUCUCAAUUUUUUGGUAUCCUCUGUAUACACUUGCCAUAUUUUACUUCUUUCUCCAAUCUAUGAUUAUUUAUAGUGUUAUAUCGAAUGACAUUGUGGAAGAAAAAUUAGAUUCUGACUUGAAAAAGUUGUGGAGAACAAGUUCCAAAUUUUUCAACGAUUUUUUUGAUGAAUAAAUACAGUUUUUAUCGUAUAAGAUGGCUCUGAAAGACAGGGCGCAGCUGGGGAAAUUAAAUUUCACAAAUUUCUUUUCGACGUUUCAUAAAAUAAUUUCUUUGUACGUUGCAACGUGCUCAUAUCAUCUUUGUUCGCUUUAAAAUAUUCAAAGAUAAUUCGAUUUUGCUGUCUUUUGUUUGUUAACCUCUAAAAUAAUAUAAUUUUCCCAUUUCAGGCUGAAAAAAGAUGUCGGAAGACGGUUUAGAGCCUUCAUUAUCCAACGUUGUCAAUCAGUCCUCGUUGAAAUGGAUCUUUGUUGGUGGAAAAGGAGGUGUAGGAAAGACAACUUGCAGUUGUUCACUGGCCGUUCAAUUGGCCAAGGUUCGACGAUCCGUGUUGAUCAUCUCGACGGACCCAGCUCACAAUAUUUCGGAUGCUUUCAAUCAGAAGUUCGGAAAGACACCAACACCAGUAACAGGGUUCGAUAAUUUGUGUGCGAUGGAGAUUGAAGCAGCUGGAGGACAAUUGGCUUCGCAGGCAGAGAAUCCCGAAGCUGAUGAUGGAUGUAAGUUUUUUUCGUUUUAUUUCUCUUGGUUUAGGUAUAAACUGUAGUGGGAAGGUAUUACGAGGCCUGUCCUUAUUCUUUUUUAACCGAGUUUUAUUGAGAGUGAAGAAAUUUUUCUAUUCAGCCGUGAUGAACAUGACGAAGAGCUUCCUGUCCGAAAUUACUGGCGGAUUACCUGGAAUCGACGAAGCGAACUCGUUUAGUCAGAUGAUCAAGCUUGUUCAGUCCAUGGAUUUCGAUGUUGUUGUCUUUGAUACUGCUCCAACUGGCCACACUCUUCGUCUUCUCCAAUUCCCCACGUUGAUUGAGAAGAGUCUGGGGAAAUUGAUGGGAAUGACCAACCAAGUGAUGCCAUUGGUCCAACAGCUCGGUCCUUUGUUGGGAAUGAGCAAUAUGAGUCAAGAACAGGCUUUUGGAAAGAUGGAAGAGACUUUGGAGGUGGUGAGGGAGAUAAACAAACAAUUCAAAGGUAAGACCAAGUUUAAUAUUAUUUUUUUCUGUUUUUAGAUCCCGAAUUGACGACAUUUGUUUGUGUUUGUAUCGCUGAAUUCCUUUCCAUGUACGAAACCGAACGAUUAAUUCAAGAACUCACUAAACAAGAUAUCGAUACUCAUAAUGUUAUUGUAAAUCAGUUGUUAUUCCCGGACAAGGACGAUCAUGGGAAUGUGGUCUGCAGGAAAUGCGCAUCUCGAUAUAAGGUCCAGCAGAAAUAUUUAGAUCAGGUAUGCACCCUUUUUUGCAUGUUAUUUUAGCAUUCCUUCAGAUUCUCGAUCUCUAUGAUGAUUUCCACAUAACUCAACUUCCCCUUCUUGAGACAGAAGUCAGAGGUCCAGAGCUUCUCAAAUCCUUCAGUGAACGACUUGUGAAUCCCAAAUUGAAUGAAUCGGAUGGAAGUGAAGAGCCAAAGGAAGAAGUGACCGCUUAA